AUGACGAAAGAAGAAGAGGCCGGAUAUCAGUCGUCAGCUCCGGUGCCUACUGGCAGCGAGCCUCCAAACGGUGGCCUUCGGGCAUGGCUCGUGGUUGUGGGAGCUUGGUGCACCUCCUUUUGCAGUUUUGGAUGGAUCAACAGUGUCGGCGCGUUCCAGGAUUACUACCAGGCUUCGCUUCUCAAAGAGUACUCGGCUAGCACUAUCUCGUGGAUCCCCUCGUUGCAGAUCUUCUUCAUGAUGGCCUUGGGGCCCUUCAUUGGUCUCAUCUACGACAAGUACGGCCCUCGCUGGCUCAUCAUCGGCGGAACGUUUCUUCAUGUCUUUGGCUUGAUGAUGACAUCCAUCUCUACGGAGUACUACCAGAUCCUCUUGUCUCAGGGAGUCUGCAGUGCUGUUGGCGUAUCUGCCAUUUUCCAGCCAGCUCUCAAUAGCAUCGCGACAUGGUUCACCACAAAACGCGGCGCCGCCUACGGACUUUUGGCUACCGGAUCGAGUCUGGGCGGUGUCAUUUUCCCCAUCAUGGUCCGUCGCCUCAUAGAUGAGGUCGGCUUUGGCUGGGCCAUGCGAAUUUCCGCCUUCUUGAUCCUCGCUCUGCUCAUUGUAGCCAUCCUCACGGUUACGACGCAUAACCCGCCAAAAUUCCAGCCCAUCACCUUGAAGCGGAUGAUGACACCUUUUACCGAGAUCCAGUUCUCCUGUCUUGCUAUGGGACUGCUGCUGUUCACCUUUGGACUGUAUGUCCCGAUCGAUUACGUCUCCGUCGAGGCUGCCCAAGCCGGCAUGGACCCCAAUCUGGCGCAAUAUCUGGUUCCCAUCCUCAACGCCGGAAGUCUGUUUGGUCGUGUCUUCUCCGGCUUUGCUGGAGAUAAUUGGGGUCGAUACAACAUCUUCGUCUCCGUGUGCUAUCUGGCGGGCAUAUUUGUCCUAGGUCUCUGGAUCCCGGCAGCCACCGAUGGCGCACGAAUCGCCUUUGCUACUUUGUUCGGCUUCAUGUCGGGAGCCUAUGUCGCCUUGAUCGCCGCCCUUGUUGUGCAAAUUUCACAUCCGUCCGAAAUCGGAUUCCGGACUGGUCUCAUCUUUCUGGCUUCCUCUGUCGGUGGCCUUACAACGGAUCCCAUAUCAGGCGCCAUUCUUGAGAAACCAAUUGGAUGGCUGGGUCCAAAGAUCUUCGCAGGGAUCUUGUGUAUUGUUGGCACGUCGUUUGUUCUGGCGGCACGAAUCCAUAGGACGGGAUGGAAGUUGAGGGUUGUCUUCUGA